AUGGACAGAAUUGACAACUCUCUCAUCCGCGCCCUUCCCAGUGGCCUGUCCUCAGUACUACUUGACAUCAUCAACUCUCUGUUUCAACAGGGAGUCUUUCCAUCAACUUGGUUGCAUUCAUUUGUCUAUCUUAUCCCCAAACCUCAGGGCAAGGGCUUCCGCCCCAUAGCGCUUACUUCAUGUAUUUUCAAGCUCGCAGAAAAAAUGCUUCUCAACCGUUUACAAUGGCUCAUUAAAAACCAGGUGUUACUUCCCGAACACCAAUUCGGCUUUCGCAGCUUUCGCUCCUGCCUGGAUAAUCUUACGAUAUUGACCGCGGACGUACAAGCGGGAUUUCUGCAGCACAAGCACACUGCUGCGCUAUUUGUUGAUAUAAAGUCUGCCUUUGAUAACGUUCUUCCCAAUCUGCUUUUGCAAGAUCUAGCUUCUCUCAAUAUUCCUCCCUGCUCCCUGAAAUUUAUAGCAAAUCUAAUUUCAUGUAGGAACGUUCAAUUUGUAACGCAAGGAACACUACACCCUACGAGGAUUUCGCGCAAGGGCACUCCUCAAGGCGCUGUUCUUAGCCCUACCUUGUUUAACUUAUAUCUCCGCAGAAUAUCCUCGACUCUCCAUCCUGAAACCAAAAUCAUUCAGUUUGCAGAUGAUAUAGUCUUAUACUCUACAUCAUCGAAUCCUAAGCUAGCUUUGCAGUCUAUCCAGCAUUCCCUGAAAAGAAUGGGAGACUUCCUACUUCAACUGGGGCUUGAAAUCUCACCGGAAAAAACGCAGUUUAUGGUGUUCACGCGAUCCCCAAAACCAAUCUAUUCGGAUCUUGCAAUUUCAUACAGAAAAACCAAAAUUAGCUCUUCUGACUCAGCUAAAUUUCUCGGAGUUACUCUAGACCCGGGAUUAACCGGGAAACUUCAUCUGGAGCGCGUCAAUAAUAAAACACGCAAGGUUUCGCAAGUUUUAUCUGCCCUUAGAGGAGUGUGGUGGGGAUCUCCUCCCCAAAUGCUCCUCAAUGUAUAUCGAGCCCUGUGUAGAAGUGUUAUGGAAUAUGCAUGUCACAUCUUUUGCCUUGGCGACUCGAAAGGGCGCCAGAAGCUUCAAAUUACCCAAAACUCGGCAAUUCGUACCUGUUUAGGCCUUCGAAUAUCUACACCUCUCAACAUAUUAUUUGCUGAAGCACAGGAACCCCCCUUUAAACUCAGAGUGAGGCUUCUUGCGUAUAAAUACUUGCUUAAAUCUCUCUCAAUUACCGAUCACCCGGUGGUCGAAAGACUUGAAAAUCUUAUGAUCCUAACUGACUCCCCCGCUAAGCGUUCCUACGUAGCUAGUAACUUCCCUCUAAUCUCAAUCUUUCGACAACUACAUCACCUCAAACAGCAAAUCCAUCAUACGGUUAUCCUGCCGAAGUUCAGCUACACCUUCGCCUCCAUGUUUAUUUCUCCAGAAAUACUCUAUUCCCCUGAAGAAUUCUUAACUCGCCUGAACAAUUCGUCUCCGGAGCUGGCACGAACCCUUUUCUUAGAAACUUUUCGGGAAUUUAUAGGACAGUCGACUAUCUUUUACACGGACGGAUCUAAAAUAAAUGAGAGCUCAUGUGUGGGCGCGGCGUGGCACUCCCCUCUCCUUGGAAUUGAACUUAUGGAUAGACUCUCUCACUAUGCAUCCAUCUUCUCGGCAGAAGCAUGGGCUAUUUACAAUGUAAUUAUUUCACUAAAGAUUUACAAUGUUUACGAUGCAGUUAUAGUGUUUGACUCAAAAAGCGUCUUACAGGCCCUAGAAGGGGCGUCAUUAUACAACAAUAACUACCUGAUUCCGCUCAUCAAAGCUGAACUAGAGGAGGCAAGUCGCAAUGGGAUCCGAGUGCGCUUCAUCUGGAUCCCGUCUCAUAAAGGCAUUCCUGGAAAUGAGAGGGCAGACAUUCUCGCGAAAAAGGCCAUUAAGGAAGGUAGGAACAACUUCUUCAAAGUUCCUCUUUCAGAUCUCUUUACCAUUCCUCGCAGAGAGCUAGACAUAAGUUUCGACAACUAUCUUAACUUUUGGGCGAACAGCAAGGGUAUACAGUACUUUCAAAAGAUUUAUUGCAAGCAAAAAAAACCAUGGUACUACUUCUUCAAACUGGAUAGGCAGGCAGUAGUAACAACAAUGAGAAUUCGUUCAAAUCAUUAUAAUCUUAACGAUAGUUUACAUAGGAAAAAUAUUGUUGACAAUCCGACCUGUACAUGUGGUCACCUCUCACAAGACAUUAAUCACGUGAUAUUUGAAUGUCCUGAAACCGCAGAACACUCCCAUCCCUUAAAGAACUUUAUCGCAAAAGUCAGCAUUGGUGCCUUUCGUAGAAAAAACAUUUUUGAUGUACUCAAGAAACCUUCUACUCAGCUCUACCGUCUUAUUAUGUCUUUUUGCAAAGCAUGCAAAUUAUACAUUUGA